AUGUCUCUUGUUCAAUCGUUUGCUGCUGCUAUUGAUCAACCUUCCAUCAAUUGGAAGAACAUCAUCUUAGGCUUCACCACUUUCCAAUUUUUAUUUGAAACCUAUUUAACAUAUCGUCAAUAUAAGGUCUUGCAAAAAGAUUCAUUACCACCAACUUUACAAGCUGAAAUUGAUGAUAAAACUUUUAAACAAUCACAAGAGUAUUCAAGGGCAAAGGCUAAAUUCAGUAUUUUCAAUCAAGUUUUCUCAUAUGUUCAAAAUGUUGGCUUCAUUGUAUUGGAUUUCUUACCAAAAUUAUGGUCUUUAGGUGGUGAUUUAUAUUCAAAAUCCAUCAAAUUCUUACCUGCUUUCGCUCAAUCAAGUGUUAUUGUUCAUAGUUUAUACUUCUUAUUCUUAUUACAAGUCAUCUCCACUGUUAUUUCAUUACCAAUUUCUUAUUAUCAAACUUUUGUUCUUGAAGAAAAAUUUGGUUUCAAUAAAUCAACAAGAACUCUUUGGAUUACUGAUGCUUUUAAAUCUAUUCUGUUAACUGUUUUAUUAGGGUUCCCAAUUCUUGCUGGGUUUUUGAAAGUUAUUGAUUAUUUUGGUGAUAGUUUUGUCUUUUAUGUCUGGAUUUUCUUAAUGUCUGUUCAAGUUAUUGCUAUUGCCAUUUAUCCAACUUUAAUUCAACCAUUAUUCAACAAAUUAACUCCAUUAGAAGAAGGUGAAUUAAAAGAAUCAAUUGAAAACUUAGCUUCCAAGAAUGAAUUCCCAUUAUCAAAAUUAUAUGUUAUUGAUGGUUCCAAAAGAUCUGGCCAUUCAAAUGCUUAUUUCUAUGGUUUACCAUGGUCAAAACAAAUUGUUAUUUAUGAUACUUUAAUCAAUACUUCAACAACCGAUGAAACUACCGCGGUUUUGGCUCAUGAAAUUGGUCAUUGGGCUUUAUCACAUACUUCCAAAACUUUAGUCAUUGCACAAGCUCAUAUUUUAUUUAUUUUCACAUUAUUUUCAGGUUUUAUUCAUAAUAAAUCAUUAUUUGAAAGUUUUGAAUUCUUUGGUCAAGAACCAGUUAUUAUUGGAUUCUUAUUAUUUAAUGAUAUUUUACAACCUUUAGAUAAUUUAUUAACAUUUUUCAUGAAUUUAUUAUCAAGAAAACAUGAAUAUGAAGCUGAUGAAUAUGCUGUUAAACAAGGUUAUGCUAAAGAAUUAUCAAAAUCUUUAGUUAACUUAAAUAUCAAGAAUUUAAGUUCUCCAGAUGCUGAUUGGUUAUAUUCAAGUUAUCAUUAUUCUCAUCCAAUUUUAGCUGAAAGAUUAGAUGCUAUCAAUAAAAAGGCAUUAGUCUAUAGCUCAAAGGAAAAAUAG